AUGUCAUGGUACAAAGAUCCUCAAUUGUUUAUAUUUCGUGGUGCAGAUUCACUGUUUCGCAUAGUGAGGAUUAAGAAAGAGACUGGUAUUCUUGUAUUGUUAAGUGAUUUGGCCGAUCUCGAAAGUUUAGAUUUCUCUAAACAUCUUUCUUUGGGCCAUAACAAAGAUGACGAUUAUGCUGCUUUCAAAUCUAGCUUCCCCCAAAAUAUCUUAAAGUUUGUUAACUCUCAAGGUGUGGUGGUUAACUGGGAUGGACAGAAAUAUUCAGGUACCUGGUCGCGUGAGGAAAUAAAGUCGCCGUUUUAUAAUCUUCCUACUUUUCAACAAGCUCUUCAGCGAAAGGUUUCCGAAUUAGAAGCAAAAAAUUCCACACUUCAAGACCAAAUCAAAAGGAAAAAUGAAGAAAAGCAAAGAAUUUCCAAAUUGGAAACAGAAAAUUCCACUUUGCAGCAUAAUGUAAAAAUGAGCAAAGAAAAACAACAAAUCUUUGACGACAAGGUUUCCAAGUUAGAAGCAAAAAUUUAUACUAUGCAAGAUGAAAUCAAUAGGAACAAAGAAGAACAACAAUCCAUGGAUAAAAGAGCUUCUGAGUUGGAAUCAGAAAUUUUUUUGCUUCAAGAACAAAUUAAAGGGCAUAUUGAAGAAAAGCAUAUAACUGACACGAGGUUAUGUAAGUUAGAAGCUGAAAAUGCUACUCUUCAAGAUGAAAUCAAAAGGAAUCAAAAAGAAAAACAAUCUCAGGAAACAAAAGUUUCGGAGCUAGACGCAGAAAAUUCCAUCCUUCAAAAUAAAGUUAAACAGAACAAUGAAGAAAAACAAUUGAUGAAUAAGAAGAUUUCUGAAUUACAUAAAGAAAAUUCCACUCUUCAAGAUGAAGUCAAAAGAGAGAAAGAUGAGAAACAAGAAAAGAAAGAAAAACAAGAAAAAAGAUAUUCGGAUUUAGAAACUGCAAUUUUACACCUUUAUGAUAAGAAAGCACGGGAGGAUACACUAACUGUUUUAGAAGUUGAUAUUGCUAGACUUGAAAACAAGAAAAGAGAGUUGACCGAAGACAUGAAUACAUUGAGGAAUGAAGUAACAAAAUUACAAGAACAACUAAACCGAAUGAUGAACAACAAGCAAUGUCUCGAGGAACAAACUUCAGAAUUGACAUUAAAACUUAAAGAUUGUCGUGGUGCUAGAAGUGGACCGAGCAAUGAAAAAUUAUCGAUGCAUAGUUGCACACCUCUUAAGGAUUGGGUUACUUUCGAGGAACUUGAUGUGCAACCAGUAUCAGAUGAAGAAAAUACUGCUAAUAUCCAAUCAAGUCAUCGAAUUUGCAAGGUUAAGGGCAACAAUAUUUGA